GGCGAACUAUUCAAUUAUUGUGGGAGAUGUGUUGGACCCCAAUGAGCCGUUUAAAAUCAUUAUUAAGCAGAGCAGGCGGCUUCCUACUCGGAUCUGCCCUCUCCAAGCCGUCUCUAGCCUCCUCUUAUUCAUCCCCCAACUCCUCCGCAGCCGUCAUGGAAACUCACAAAACCAAGGUCUGCAUCGUCGGAAGCGGCCCCGCGGCACACACAGCAGCGAUCUACGCCGCUAGAGCGGAGCUCAAGCCUCUCCUCUUCGAAGGAUGGAUGGCUAACGACAUCGCUCCAGGAGGUCAAUUAACCACAACAACCGACGUCGAGAACUUCCCUGGCUUCCCGGAAGGUAUCCUCGGAAUCGACAUCGUGGAGAAGUUCCGAAAACAAUCGGAGCGAUUCGGUACAAAGAUCUUCACGGAGACGGUUAACAAAGUCGAUUUCUCGUCCAAGCCGUUUAAGCUAUUCACUGAUUCGAGAACCGUCCUCGCUGAUGCUGUGAUAAUCUCCACUGGAGCUGUAGCGAGACGGUUAAGCUUCACUGGAUCUGGUGAAGGCGCUGGUGGUUUUUGGAACCGAGGGAUCUCGGCGUGUGCUGUAUGCGACGGAGCUGCUCCGAUUUUUAGGAAUAAACCUCUGGCGGUUAUCGGUGGGGGAGAUUCGGCUAUGGAGGAAGCGAAUUUUCUGACGAAGUAUGGAUCUAAGGUUUAUAUAAUUCAUAGGAGAGAUGUGUUUAGAGCGUCUAAGAUUAUGCAGCAGAGAGCUUUGUCGAAUCCUAAGAUUGAGGUUAUUUGGAACUCUUCUGUGGUUGAGGCUUUUGGAGAUGAGAAUGGGAAAGGUGUUCUUGGAGGGUUGAAGGUGAAGAAUGUUGUUACUGGUGAUGUGUCUGAUUUGAAGGUUUCUGGAUUGUUUUUCGCGAUUGGGCAUGAGCCAGCUACGAAGUUCUUGGAAGGGCAGCUUGAGCUUGAUGAAGAUGGUUAUGUUGUGACUAAGCCUGGUACUACGAAGACGAGUGUGGUGGGUGUAUUUGCUGCGGGUGAUGUGCAAGAUAAGAAGUAUAGGCAGGCUAUCACUGCUGCAGGAACUGGGUGUAUGGCGGCCUUGGAUGCAGAGCAUUACUUACAGGAGAUUGGAUCUCAGGAGGGUAAGAGUGAUUAGAGAAGGAAGGACCCAUUUAUAAGUUGAUCUCUCUUCCUUAUUUGAUGUGUCAUUUGCAGAACUGUCAAAAAAUAAUAUUGAUGAGGGAGUUUGAGUAGAAUUUUGUUAUGUGCGUCUGCAGUUGAACUUGGUUAAGUUGUAACUCUUUAGUGGGUCCAAUUUGCUCUUGAUUUGUUCCUCAGGUGAGGAAACUUUUUAUUUGAUAUGAGUGUGAAAUCUCAGUUUACAUUGAACCGAUUAGAAUGGAGUCUCUAUAGCUCAAUAAAACUAAAUGGUUUUCUAUAUAUAUUAGUG